GUCCCCCUCCCUCCCUCCCUCCCUCCUUCCUUCGCACUCUCCGUCCAGGGGGAAACAAUCUUGAGCUCCACGUUAUCCCCUGCCCACGUAAAGCCCCAACUAUUGACCAAUCUCGUCUUUUGAUCUCGUUUGGACUUUUGCACCCCAUCGCCCACCCUUCCCCUGCAUAUAUAACCAGGAACCAAAGCUAAGGCAGUUAACACACACUCCCAAUUAGCGCACACCCAUUUCUCAAUAAGCCCAAAAAAUGGAUCUUUGCUCACAUUUCUCAGCUCUCAUGAUUGUCCCAGGUAGUGGUUUCCUCUUUCAGACUGUUUUCCUCCGCGGGUUUUCGGCUUCCCUGCACCUCGUUCUGCUUCUUGUGAUGUUGGUGUGGUGGUUGUGUCGGAAAUUGGGUGUUGUAGGAGCUGGUGAUGGGUCAAAGGGUGGUCACAGUAGGACUAAGUUGUUGUACCAUAGGAUGACUCUGUUCUGCUGUCUUAGUCUGUCAGUGCUUAACCUUGCCUUGUGUCUCUUGAGCUACUUCUUUUGGUAUAGAAGUGGCUGGUCUGAUGAGAAACUGGUGACUCUUAUCGAUUUGGCGGUUAGAACAGUUGCCUGGGGUGCAGUCUGCGUUUACCUGCGCAGACGAUUCCCCGGUCCCGGUCAAUUGAAUUUGAAAUUGCCGGUGUUGCUCAGAGUCUGGUGGGUUUUCUUCUUAUCUAUUUCUUGUUAUUGUUUAGUCGUAGACUUCCUUUUAUACAAGAAAUAUCAUGUCUCCAUCCCUGUUCGGAUUUUUAUAUCCGAUGGAAUUUCUGUUGUGUCGGGUUUGUUCUUAUGCUAUGUGGUCUUGGGCCAAUACAUGGGGGGUGACAGUGAUGCUCACCUCGAAGAACCACUCAUCAAUGGCACUUCCAAUAGUAAUGGUUGUACCAGAAACGAUGAAGGUUCAGAGCUGAGCAAAACCAGAGGGACCGAAACUGUGACACCUUACUCCAAAGCCGGCAUUUUUGGCUACUUUACUUUCUCCUGGAUGAGCCCGCUCAUCGCCUUUGGGAACAAGAAAAUCUUGGACCUCGAGGAUGUCCCGCAACUUGACUCUGAUGAUAGUCUUGUUGGGGCAUUCCCGAAGUUCAAGAGUAAACUCCAAGUCCAAUUGGGUGAAGGGCUUAGUAAUGGCGUGACCACUUUCCGACUAGUGAAGGCUCUGAUCUCGUUUGCAUGGAAAGAAAUCCUCAUCACGGCCCUGUGCGCUCUCGUUUACACAGUUGCCUCCUACGUGGGCCCCUAUCUCAUUGACGCGUUCGUCCAGUACCUCAGUGGGCGUCGCGCAUUUGAGAACGAGGGCUACUUCCUCGUUUCUGCCUUCUUGAUUGGGAAACUUGUUGAGUGCAUCUCUCAAAGGCAGUGGUUCUUUAAGCUGCAGCAAGUGGGCAUCAGGGCCCGUGCAGUUCUUGUUGCAAUGAUCUAUGAGAAGGGCCUGACCCUUUCAUGCCAUUCAAAACAGGGCCAGACAAGCGGAGAGAUAAUUAACUUCAUGUCUGUAGAUGCUGAGAGGGUCGGGGACUUUGUCUGGUACAUGCACGACCCAUGGAUGGUGCUUCUACAAGUCACUCUUGCUCUGAUUAUAUUGUACAAGAAUCUGGGGCAUGCUGCAAUUGCAUCACUUGUGGCGACUAUCCUAGUGAUGCUGGCAAACCUUCCCUUGGCCUCGUUACUGGAGAAGUUCCAGGAGAGGUUGAUGAAGUCGAAAGACAAGAGGAUGAAGGCAACAUCAGAGAUUUUAAGGAACAUGAGGAUCCUUAAACUUCAAGCAUGGGAGAUGAAGUUCUUGUCCAAGAUACGAGAACUGAGGGGGAUUGAGGCGGGAUGGUUGAAGAAGUUUGUUUAUACUCGUGCCUUGACAAGCUUUGUCUUCUGGGGGGCUCCCACCUUUGUUUCGGUGGCCACAUUUGCUGCGUGCAUGCUGCUGGGAAUACAGCUUGAGUCAGGGAAGAUCUUAUCUGCCCUUGCAACUUUUAGGAUCCUCCAGGAACCAAUUUACAACCUCCCUGAUACGAUCUCGAUGAUAAUCCAGACUAAGGUUUCACUUGAUCGAAUUGCCUCCUUCCUCUCCCUUGAUGACCAGCAGAAGGAUGGGAUAGAGAAGUUGCCGCCUGGGUCAACAGAUACCGCAGUUGAGAUAAUCAAUGGGACCUUUUCGUGGGACUCAUCUUCUUCCUCAGUUCCCACUCUGAAGGACAUAAACCUGAAGGUGCUGCGAGGCAUGAGAGUUGCUGUUUGUGGGACCGUGGGCUCAGGAAAAUCAAGCUUUCUUUCUUGCAUACUUGGGGAAGUCCCAAAGGUUUCUGGGAUUGUUCGACUAUGUGGGACCAAAGCCUAUGUAGCUCAGUCCCCGUGGAUACAAAGUGGGAAGAUUGAAGACAACAUAUUGUUUGGUAAGGAGAUGGAUCGGGCGAGGUACGAGAGGGUUCUAGAAGCAUGUUGUCUGAAGAAGGACUUGGAGAUUCUCUCUUUUGGUGAUCAGACAGUAAUCGGGGAGAGAGGUAUAAAUCUGAGUGGUGGACAGAAGCAGAGAAUACAAAUCGCUCGGGCCCUAUAUCAAGAUGCGGACAUCUAUCUGUUCGAUGACCCUUUUAGUGCCGUGGACGCUCAUACUGGAUCGCAUCUUUUUAAGGAAUGUUUGCUGGGCCAUUUAAGUACAAAAACAGUGAUUUAUGUGACGCAUCAAGUAGAGUUCUUGCCAGCAGCCGAUCUGAUCCUGGUGAUGAAAGACGGUAAGAUCAUAGAAGCCGGAAAGUAUGAUGAUAUUCUUCGAGCAGGAACAGAUUUCAUGGAACUUGUGGGUGCACACAAGACAGCUCUAUCGGGGCUCGACUCUGUGCAGGUAGCAGCAGAAUCAGAAGGAUCAAGUGGGAAUAUUGAGAACGGAAAUGAGACGAGUCCUGCAAAGGCUCUGGAGAAGACAGAGAACAGAAAUGUCCAGAAUGCCGAACCAACCAAUAAAGCUGGACAGCUCAUUCAGGAAGAAGAGAGAGAGAAAGGCUCUGUAGGUUUCCCGGUUUACUGGAAAUACAUAACAACGGCUUAUGGUGGGGCCCUUGUGCCCUUCAUUCUAUUGGCGCAUGUCCUGUUCCAAGGCCUCCAGAUAGGGGGCAAUUUCUGGAUGGCCUGGGCAACUCCUGUCUCUCCUGAUGCAGAGCCUCCAGUCACGGGUUCUACUCUCUUGCUCGUUUAUGUAGCUUUGUCGAUUGGUAGUUCGUUCUGCGUCCUCAUAAGGACCACUCUGCUCGCUACUGCUUUGUUUAAGACAGCCGCUCUGCUCUUUGAUAAGAUGCAUCACUGCAUUUUCCGCGCUCCCAUGUCUUUCUUUGACUCUACCCCGAGUGGACGGAUUCUCAACAGAGCUUCCACAGACCAAAGUGCAGUGGAUACGAACGUUCCAUAUCUGGUGGCGGCAUUUGCCUUCGCGUUGAUCCAGCUCUUUGGGAUCAUUGGUGUGAUGUCUCAAGUUGCAUGGCAAGUCUUCAUAGUUUUUAUCCCCAUUCUUGCAGUCUGUGUGUGGUAUCAGCACUAUUACAUAGCAGCGGCUCGAGAACUGUCCAGGUUAGUUGGAGUCUGUAAAGCUCCAGUGAUACAGCAUUUUGCUGAAACAAUAGCAGGUUCCACCACUAUUAGGAGCUUCGAUCAGGAAUCAAGGUUCCGUCAAACCAAUGUGGUGCUCUCUGAUGGGUAUUCUCGCCCGAAGUUCCAUAUAGCUGGAGCUAUGGAAUGGCUCUGUUUUCGUCUUGAUGUGCUAUCUUCGGUUGUGUUUGGUUUCUCCUUGAUUUUCUUGAUAUCUGUUCCUGAGGGAUUCAUCGAUCCAGCUAUCGCUGGUUUAGUGGUUACAUAUGGGCUUAAUUUGAAUAUGUUACAAGUUUGGGUCAUAUGGAAUCUUUGUACUAUGGAGAACCAAAUCAUAUCAGUUGAGAGGAUACUUCAGUAUGCCACCAUCCCAAGCGAGCCUCCUCUUGUGAUAGAGGAGAAUCGUCCCAAACAUUCCUGGCCAUCACAUGGAGAAAUUAGCAUCCAGAAUCUGCAGGUUAGAUAUGCCCCGCACAUGCCGCUCGUCCUGAGGGGCAUUUCAUGCACAUUCCCUGGAGGGAUGAAGACGGGCAUUGUGGGGAGAACUGGCAGCGGAAAAUCAACUCUCAUACAAACGCUCUUCAGAAUUGUUGACCCUGCUGGAGGCCACAUAAUGAUCGAUGGCAUCGACAUAUGUUCGAUUGGGGUGCAUGAUCUAAGGUCAAGACUGAGCAUUAUCCCUCAGGACCCAACCAUGUUUGAAGGGACGGUAAGGGGCAACCUCGACCCGCUUGAAGAGUAUACAGAUGAGCAGAUUUGGGAGGCUCUUGAUAAGUGCCAACUCGGAGAUGAAGUUCGGAAGAAAGAAGGCAAACUCGAUUCAGCAGUUUCUGAGAAUGGAGAGAACUGGAGCAUGGGGCAGAGACAACUUGUCUGCCUCGGACGCAUCCUUCUCAAGAAAAGCAAAGUCCUUGUCCUUGACGAAGCCACCGCUUCAGUUGACACAGCCACCGAUAAUCUAAUCCAGCAGACACUCAAAGAGCAUUUCUCCGAUUGUACUGUCAUAACCAUUGCCCAUCGAAUAACUUCAAUCCUCGAUAGUGACACUGUUCUUCUCUUAGAUCAUGGGCUUAUCUGUGAGUAUGACUCUCCAAGGAGAUUGCUUGAGGACAAGUCCUCGUCUUUCUCGCAGCUUGUCAUGGAGUACGCCAAGGGGUCGAAUUCCUAGUUUGAGCAUUGAUUGAUUUGGAAACAACCCUCAUUGAUGAUGAAGAAGAAAAAUCGAAUGGAGUUUAGGAUGUUGGAAUUUGAGGAAUUUUAAUGUUUAAAUUUUGAGUAGCAAGUGUAGAAUAUGUAGCUAAUUAAUUUACUCAUCUAUGUGCGUUACCGUUGUACAAUAGGGCCUUGUAGCUUCUCAGGAAUGUCAUAAUCCAUUCUAUGGUCUCUAUAGUUGAUCAAAGUCUUCCAGUAUGAGCUC